GCUAUUUGUCGAAUCAUCUUAGGUUACGCUGUAGGCGUUGAAGUUGUAAUACUUUUUCUAACUAUCAUUGAAUGGAAAGAUCCUAAAUUUGAUUAAGGGUAUGUUGAAUACAGUUGGUGAGCUUGGUGAAGGAAAGAUGAAGGGAGGAAGGAAGAAUUUGAAGAGGGCAGCAGCAAAGGAACAUGACUUCACACUUCAAGGUGGGCAAAGCAUAAUGCAGGUUUUAUCUCUUCGAGGUUCCAACCUUAUCGAGGUAGUGGGCACAAAUGGGGAGAAGUCCUUGGCUUUGUUUCCAGCUAAGUUUCAGAAGAGCAUGUGGAUCAAGAAAGGGAGCUUUGUCAUAGUGGACGACAGUGCGAAGGAAAAGGCGAUGGAGUCAGGCAGCAAAGUGACCUGCAUUGUUUCCCAGGUUCUCUUCCACGAACAACUCCGUACACUGCAGAAAUCUCCUCAAUGGCCAGAAAUUUUCAAGUCUACAACUGUGGACUAUACCAAUGGUAGAAGCUCUAAUGCGGAAGUCCCAAGCCGCGAAGUAGACGAGCUUAAUUCCAGUGAUGAAGAAGAGUACGACGAUCUCCCGCCUUUAGAAGCUAACACGAACAGGAUCCAGCCACCAUUUUUUGAAGCAGAUGCUAAGACAGAUACAGAUUCUGAUUCUGAUUCUUGAAUUACACUUCCUCGAAAUUGUCUUAGUUCCUAAUGUAGGUGCUGUUGUGGUUCAAAAUCUCGUGUUCUUCUGUCCAAAAUUUAAUCACAGUUACUGUAGGUUUCAUUCAUGGUAAGUAAGCUAGUAAAUAAGAUGAAUGAAUGAGUUGCCUAUCUCAUUUCGCC